CAAUAGACACAAUAAAUAAAAAUCCACACAAAGUCACUUUCACUAUGUCAAGUUUUCUCCAAAAUACAACUUUUUUUCUUUUGCUUAUCAACUCCCUUUACCUCCCAUUCCAAACUCAAGCUACCUUUGAUAAAACCAUAGAACAUGAAGAAGCCAAAGAACUCGGGCUCACUUUCCUUAAAGAGAAGCUUAGUCAUUUUAUGGUAUAUUGGCACGACGUCGUCGGUGGGCCAAGCCCAACGUCUAUCACGGUGGUGAACCCGCCCAAUAAGUCUCCUAAUGGGUUUGGGAACAUGAACAUGAUUGAUAACCCACUAACCCUAGCGCCUAAAUUGAGCUCUAAGCUUGUGGGUAAGGCCCAAGGUUUUUAUGCUUUUGCUAGUCAAGACCAAGUAGGGCUUCUUAUGGCUAUGAAUUUUGCUUUUAUGGAAGGGAAAUACAAUGGUAGUUCUAUUACUAUUUUAGGAAGGAAUAUUGUGUCAAGUAAGGUAAGAGAAAUGCCUAUUAUUGGAGGAAGUGGUUUGUUUAGGUUUGCUAGAGGUUAUGUUCAAGCUAGAACUCAUACUUGGAAUCAUAAGAAUGGGGAUGCUAUUAUUCAAUAUCAUUGUUAUGUCAUGCAUUAUUAAUAUGACUAACAGCCAGAUCGAAUUUUAUCACAGUUGAAACACGUACUAUUUUUCCUUUUUUUAAAAAGGUCGUGAGUUGAAUUUUGAUUUUCCUUUUCUAGUUAUUCUUUUUCUUCAGCCUAUUAUGUCUUUAGUACACUUAUUAUUACCUUAAUUUGUGUCAAGAAUUGUAGUCGAAGAUCAUUCGAUUGCCUAUACUUUUAUAAUAUUAUUAUUAC